AUGGCAAGCCGCUCCUACCGCAUCAGCUCCAGCUGUGGGGUCAGGAACUUCAGUUCCUGCUCUGCUGUUGUACCCAAGCCUGGGGCUCACAGAAGUGUCGGAGCCACGGCCUACUGCAGAGGCAGUGCUGGGGGUCCAGGCUAUAGGUGCCUGGGGAGCUUUGGCAGCCGGAGCAUGUGUGUGGUGGGGUCACCUAGGAUGGCUGUGAGCUGCAGAUGGCCCGUACGCAGUGGCGGCAGCUUUGGCUACCGGGCAGGUGGUCUGUGUGGUCCCAGCAUCUCCACUGUGACAGUCAAUGAGAGCCUCCUCACGCCCCUCAACCUGGAGAUCGACCCCAAUGCACAGUGCGUGAAGCAGCAAGAGAAGGAGCAGAUCAAGCGCCUCAACAACAAGUUCGCUGCCUUCAUCGACAAGGUACGCUUCCUGGAGCAGCAGAACAAGCUGCUGGAGACCAAGUGGCAGUUCUACCAGAACCGCAAGGGCCGCCAGAGCGACGUGGAGCCGCUGUUUGAGGGCUAUAUCGAGACAAUAAGGCGGGAGAUCCAAUAUGUGGAGGGUGAUGCCGGGAAUCUGGCCUCAGAGCUCCGCCACGUGCGGGACCCACUGGAGAGCUACCGGAAGAAGUAUGAAGAUGAAGUGGCCCUCAGGGCCACAGCUGAGAACGAGUUUGUGCUGCUAAAAAAGGACAUAGACAGUGCUUAUCUGCGUAAGUCAGACCUCGAAUCCAAUGUGGACCUGCUGACCAGGGAGAUCACUUUCCUGCAGUCCCUCUAUGAGGAGGAAAUCUCCAUCCUGCAGUCACAAAUCUCAGAAACCUCAGUGGUGGUGAAGAUGGACAACAGCCGGGAGCUCAACAUGGACAUGGUUGUGGCCGAGAUCAAGGCUCAGUAUGAUGAUAUUGCCAGUCGCAGCCGGGCUGAGGCUGAGAGCUGGUACCAGACCAAGUGCCAGGAGAUGAAGGCUACGGUGACUCAGCAGGGCGAGAACCUCCGCAGAAGCAAGGAAGAGGUCAGCGAGCUGAACCGCAUGAUCCAGAGGCUGACGGCUGAGGUGGAGAACUCUAAGCAACAGCGCUGUAGGCUGGAGGCUUCCAUAGCUGAUGCAGAACAGCAGGGUGAGGCGGCCCUAAAUGAUGCCCGCUGCAAGCUGGCAGGGCUGGAGGAGGCCCUGCAGAAGGCCAAACAGGACAUGGCCUGCCUGCUCAAGGAGUACCAGGAGGUGAUGAACUCCAAGCUGGGCCUGGACGUGGAGAUUGCCACUUACCGCAAACUGCUGGAGGGCGAAGAAAGCAGGCUGUGUGAAGGCGUGGGCUCAGUCAACAUCUGUGUGAGCCGUUCUCAGGGUGGUGUGAUCAGCGGGGAUCUUGGUUCCGGUGUCUCAUGGAGCAUGGGGGGUGUGGCCAGCAACAGUGUCCUGUGUUCCCCCUCUGUCAUGGGACCCUGCUCCAGUGCAAGGUCUGUGAGGUUUACAUAG